AAAAUUAAACAAAGUGUAGAAUAUGAAGCUGAACCCAACAAAAGAAGAAGGAUCGAUUAAAAAUCCUUAAUUUCCAAUUCAAUUCUUAUUCGAUUUGACCAUUACUACGCGUGACCACAGAGGGGCGCUUGACCCCAGUGGGACGCCCGCAGACUGACGUCGGGCGUGACGUCGGUGCCGAGCGCAGAGGAGUUAAAUAGAGGAGGCACGCGCUCCCCGGCAGGUCGAGUCAUCACGCCCGCAGCUACGCAUCAUUGUGAUACCCGGUACUUGGUUGUCUUUCGGAUUUGAGCGCCUCGGUUCCUGUGUCCUGCUCGGUUCUCCAGUCGCUUGGAAUGCCCAGGGAGCUGACCCAGAACAAGAUCCAAAAGAUCUGGGUUCCGACCAAGGAUGGCAAGCCGCCGGCGCCACGGAGAGCAGUGGGUGCGCCCCAUCUGGUCAACCCUCCAACCGUCAUUGUGAUGGUGGGACUUCCUGCACGAGGGAAGACGUACAUGUCCAAGAAACUCACACGGUACCUCAACUGGAUCGGUAUGCCGACCAAAGUCUUCAACGUGGGAGAGUAUCGUCGGGAGGCGGUCAAGAACUACAGCUCGUAUGAUUUCUUUAACCCUGGGAACGAGAGUGCGGUGAAAAUCAGGGAACUAUGUGCCUUAGCUGCUUUGAGGGACGUCAAGACCUACUUGAAGGAGGAAGGGGGCCAAGUAGCGGUCUUUGAUGCCACAAACACAACUCGGGACAGACGAGAGCUGAUCCUCCAGUUUGGCAGAGAGAAUACCUUCAAGAUCUUCUUCAUUGAGUCAGUCUGUGACGAUCCCAACGUCAUCGCUUCAAAUAUCAUGGAGGUGAAAGUGUCAAGUCCAGAUUAUCAGGACUGCAACAAGGCUGAUGCUGUGCUGGACUUUCAGAGGAGGAUCGAGUGCUACAAAGCCCAAUAUCAACCGCUGGAUCCUCACCAACAUGACAAAGACCUUUCUUUCAUCAAGGUGAUAGAUGUAGGCCGCAGGUUCCUCGUCAACAGGAUCCAGGAUCACAUCCAAAGUAAGAUCGUCUACUACCUGAUGAACAUCCACGUCCAGCCCAGAACCAUCUACCUGUGUCGUCAUGGCGAGAGCACUCACGACCUGGAGGGGCGACUGGGGGGCGACGCAGGACUGUCGCCAAACGGCAAACAGUUUUCUGCGGCCCUGGCGACGUUCGUGAAUGAGCAGCAGUUGAAGAAUCUCAAGGUUUGGACCAGUCAGCUCCGUCGCUGCAUCCAGACCACCGAGCACCUGGGAGUCCCUUAUGAACAGUGGAAGGCUCUCAAUGAGCUAGACGCAGGAGUGUGUGAGGAUAUGACGUACGACGAGGUGAAGGAAAAUCUCCCAGAAGAGUUUGCUCUGAGAGAGGAGGAUAAAUUCUACUACCGCUAUCCUGCAGGAGAGUCCUACCAGGACCUGGUCCAGAGAGUGGAGCCGGUCAUAAUGGAGCUGGAGAGACAGGAGAAUGUGCUGGUCAUCUGUCACCAGGCCGUCAUGCGCUGCCUAUUGGCCUACUUUCUGGAUAAAAGUGCGGAUGAGAUGCCGUACCUCAAGUGUCCACUUCACACAGUCCUGAAGCUCACGCCGGUGGCCUAUGGGUGCAAAGUCGAGUCCAUCUCACUAAACGUGGAGGCGGUGAACACCCACAGAGACAGACCAGAGGAGGUGAAGCGAGGCCUGGCCACCUUGAUCCGGAGGAACAGUGUGACUCCUCUCACCAGCCCUGAGACCAACAUCAAGAAACCUUGCAUCAAAGACUUGGGCGAGGCUCCUCUUCAGGAGUUGCCUCCUUCUGUGGCCUCGCUGGGUCUGUGCAGCCCGUCACACAUCCCCUUCACCCUGGCUGGACAGCACUGGCUAGGCAAAGUUUGCCUACGAAUCAUCCUCCACUAUCUGGAUGUGGUGUCGCUCUUAGUCGUUCAAAGAACCUGAGGAAGAACUCGUCCAGUCGUCGUGACGUCCUGCAACCCUGCCAAUGAACCCGCCAACCAUCUCACAGCCGGAGAACACUUGCCAACCCCUGAAGUAUAUUCAAAGCUUCUCCGCUCGGACAACUGACAAACUGUGAUUCAUUUUCUUGGAAAAAAAAAAAAUCAUUUUUGGAUUUUUGUUUUUAAUUUCCUGAGAGACCAAAGAAAAACCUCUCACAAUAUCUAUUUAUCUUUUUGUUUCACUAUAUGAAAUGAUUUUGCACAGUCUUGGGAAAAAAUGAUAUUAUGUUGUUAUAUUUUUAUUAUUGUUAUGUCUCAAUAAUGAUGUUCACGUUUCAUCUUGUAUUUUCUUUUCUUUCUUUCUGCCAAAACAGUGUCCUGAUGUCAUAUCUUAAACGCAUAAUGACAUUUCAACCAUCAGAACAGAUGUAAUAAUAGUACCAUAACUGUUAUUAUCGCCCCACAAACGAUCACUGUAGCCAGAAAGUUCUGUCUGAAUCCAAGUGAAGCAGCAGAAAUGUUUUCAAUGUUUUCAUAUUUUGACAUGAACGUAGCCAAAGUUUUUAAACCACCAGACAUCGAGUCGGUCGCCAUAGUGCCUGUAGCGCCUGAUGCUGCUCUUGUUUCUUUGUCUUACCAUCAUGUAAUAAUGUAACAUAUUUCAGUUUAACGCCUGCAAAGUUGUUUUGUUAAGUGUCCAAUCUGGAUGCCGAAGAGUUCUCGAAAUUACCGUGUCAAAUUGGUGUAACUGAUGGCAGCAGGUCUGAGGGCAUAAGUGGUCUUUUGUUUUACUUUUUAAGUCGUUCAUUUAAAAUCAAUUUUCUAUACCUCAAAAACUGGUAAUAUUCCCAUAGUAUAUUUUGACAACUAGAACGAGUAAAACUGAAUUUUAGCCUUAAUCAUAUUUUACUGCUUUUAGUUAUGAGUAUUGGUAGUACUGAAAAAAAAAAAUCUGACGUAAUUAAGAAGUAUUAAUUGGAAGUUAAAAGUUGUGUAUCUGUUCUCCACUACAUUUCAAUAAUAAGCAACUUUAAUACCUGAAUACAAAACCACCUCAGGCCAGCUCACUUUUUGUCUUCACUGCCACUUAUUUCUCCUCUUGUACUACAGUUCUCUGCACUGAUUUAAAUAUUUGUUUGUUUUUAUUUUGCUGCUGUCGGCUACGCACAAAUGUCAGCACCUUUACUUUUGCGAUGAACGUGAUGUCUGUAAAUGUUUGUGUGAAUACAGUGUAACAGGAAAUUUGAGGACCUGAGAGUCUUGAAAUGAAAAUGAUUCACUUGUUAAGAGUUUCUUACACUUAAAUCUUUGAAAAGUAUUUGCUUGAGAUACUUGAAAUUUCUUUGUUUUUAACAGAACAUAAUGUUUUAUUAUUUAAUUUUAUUUAUUUUGUAUGUUUUUGAGCGCCUAUGCACGAGGAUGUAGUCCGUAUUUGCAUCUGCUGGACCAAUAAAUUCACUACAAGAUGA